AUGUCUUCCCAGACUAACAAACCAUCAGCCCCCACGAGCAUCCUGAAGGGCUCUUCCAAAAACCCCUCCCAGUUCUAUGAGCCUAAACCCAAGCUCAACGUCAAUUUCUGCCCUGAGAACGACACAGUCAUCACUAUCCCCGCUGCUAACACCGGCCAUCCCGUCAUGAGCCUCAAGGGCUUCCCCAAGCGUCAACUAUUUACCGAAGGGUUUUCCACGGUUUGGGUCAACAAGCCUGCCGUUGAAAGCGGCGCCGUGGUCCCUAAGCCAGACACCUCGGGUGACGAGGAUGUGGUGGUCCCUCCUGGGAAGUUCAACUACGAAGAGCUCAUGGCGCUGCCCGACGACGAGCGUGCUAUGGUCAUCCUGACUGAGCCGUUUGAAGAGACCGUGAAGCGUCUGCGUGACCAUGUUAACAAAUCCAAGUAA